CAUCCGAGAAAACAUCAAUCGUGUGAAGAACGAGAACCACCAUCAGACGGCAGACGGCCAAAAAAUCAUUAACUUCGUCGUAAUCGCGAUAAAAAAAAGUGAAUUUCAAUUCGUGUUAUCUUCCUCGCACCGCGUUCGUGACCGCAAGAACCUCUUGACCUUUGUGCGCUCAACAGCAGCAGCAGUGCAUAAAAUGUUGGCCGCAAUCAAGGAUUUCUUCUACCGCCACCGGAGGAAGUUCAUUACGACGGGGGUCGUUUUGGGAAGUGGCCUGUUCCUGAUCAAAAUAAUCCAGUACAAGCUGCGAGAGUUCCAGGAGCGCCAGGCGAAGGAAAUCGCAGAGAAGUUCAAGCGGAUGCAGCACUUCGAAUCGACAGAACGGACAUGCAAUCAAACGAUAGUCGGAUUGUCCCCAACGGUGUCGGAGAAGGCCCUUAAGGACUUGAGCACUUCGGAGGUGUUGGAGAAGCUACGUUCCAAUCCGGACAACAAGCUGGACCUGUGGGACGAGUUGAAGAUUCUGGCGUUCAGUCGGAUCGUGACCCUUGUGUAUGCUUCGUCGAUGUUGGCCGUAACGUUGAAAACCCAGAUUAACCUGCUAGGAGGAUAUCUGUACAAGGACACAAUGGGGCAGGAUGACAAGCAAAUUACUGUCGACAUUCAAACUACGUACCUUUCGAUGAUUCAGUACUUUAUGGGAGAAGGACUGGACAGGCUGAUGGCAGUGGUCCGGAAGAACGUGACGGUGGUCAUGCAGCGAUACAAUCUGAAGCAGCAACUGACGCUGGCCGAUGCCGAGACCUUGUUCUGGUCCAUUCAGAUGGCGCUGAAUAACGACGAGCAAAGUCUCACAAAGAACAUCGCCAAAUACACACUUCCCCAGGAAGUGAACCGAAGCGACAUUCUCAGUCAGAUGUACGACGAAACGUUGGAUGUCCUUGAGAAUGCGGAAGUGGCCGACGUCUGCCUGUCCAACGUGACGAAUGGCUUCUCGCUCAUUGUGGACAAGCUGGCAGAGUACUAUGCCGAGGCGGAACCAACUCCUCCGUCCACUUCGAAGUCCUCCCUGAAUGUGGACGCGCUGUCGAACAUCAACACGAUUAAGAUAUCCCUGGCCAAGCUGAUCCCAAUCGUCAAUGGGCUGACGUCCAAAACGCUCGGAGGCUUAAUCGGAAGCGCGUCAAACGGUUCCAACGGACUGAAUGGACUCGAGCUAAGAAACAGCGAUAUGAUGUCGUCGCUGGUGUCCCGAUUUAUGCAGUCGGAGAAGCUGAAAACCCUAGGGGUUAAUGUGUAUGAAACCUUUUGCCAGUAGAGUAAGGAGGGUUCUUGUGUUGCAUUUCUAUUAAGUGUAAGAUUGAUGGAAUACAUUCGAGCAGUAGGGAUCUAAGGCUAUAUUCUACGAUUUGUAGUAAUUCAGGUUUAGGUGGAAAGACUUUUAUGUUUAAGUGUGGUUUAAGCUUGUUUUGCAGGCGCAGGAUGGAAAACUGAAAAGCGAAGGGCUGGGUACGACAAUUGAGAAAGGUAGAACACUGUAUUAAUAUAUAGUUCAAAACUCUAACAAUAAACUAUUUUCUUUCGAACAAA